GCUGCGACAUCAAAGAGUAAGGUGGGGGAUAGACCUCCAAAUAUGGAUAUUUUUCAGCAAAGACAAAAUAACAUUGGACAACUUUCUCAUGUCAAUGGAACUGCAUUGGCUAGUGUGGACACUAAUACCUCUAAAGGACCGCAGUACGGGACAUAUGAUUGGAACAGGACAUGAAUCACAAGGCCUUUACUGUCUUACCUCUUCAAAUUCCUUGACAGCAUGCUCUGUUACAGAUUCCUCAGAUCUAAUUCACAAACGUCUGGGACAUCCGAGUCUAUCCAAACUGCAAAAGAUGGUGCCUAGUUUGUCUAGUUUAUCUACAUUAGAUUGUGAGUCGUUUCAACUUGGGAAACACACUUGUGCUACGUUUUCUCCUAGUACUGAGGGUCGUUCAGAGUCUAUUUUUUCAUUAGUUCAUUAUGAUAUUUGGUGUACUAGUAGAGUCAGUUCCACCUUAGGAUUUCGUUAUUUUGUUGGUUUCAUUGAUGAUUAUUCAAGAUGUACUUGUGUUUUUUAAUGAAAGAUCGUUCUGAGUUAUUUUCUAUUUUCAAAAGUUUCUUUGCUGAAAUACAAAAUUAGUUUGGUGUUUCUAUUCGUACUUUCCGUAGUGAUAAUGCCUUAGAAUACUUAUCAUCCCAAUUUCAGCAAUUUAUGUCUCACUAUGGAAUCAUUCACCAAACAUCUUGUCCAUACACUCCUCAACAAAAUGGUGUCGCAGAAAGAAAGAAUAGGCAUCUGAUAGAGACUGCUCGCACUCUCCUCAUUGAAUUCCAUGUUCCGCUGCGUUUUUGGGCGAUGCAGUCCUUUCAGCUUGUUAUUUAAUUAACAAAAUGCCCUCUUCGUCUAUUCAGAAUCAAGUUCCACAUUCCAUACUGUUUCCUCAAUCACAUCUCUAUCCUAUUCCCCCUCUUGUCUUUGGGAGCACAUGCUUUGUUCAUAAUUUAGCCCCAGGGAAAGAUAAAUUAGCUCCUCGUGCCCUCAAAUGUGUCUUUCUUGGUUACUCUAGAGUUCAAAAAGGGUAUCGUUGUUAUUCACAUGAUCUUCAUCGAUACGUUAUGUCCGCUCAUAUUACAUUUUUUGAGUCUCAGCCUCACUAUACAUCUUCUGAUCAUAUUGAUGUCUCUAUGGUCUUACCCAUACCUCAAGUUUUACCUGUGCCAACCUUUGAGGGAUCUACAGUUACGUCUACAUCUCCAGUUGCAGUGCCACCACUACUAACUUCUCAUUGGCGUCCAAGUCCAACCCUACUCCCAGAUGAUUCAUGUCAUGCGCCAGACCCUGCUCCUACUGCGGACUUGCCUCUACCUAGCCCACCGCUUGCUUUUCAAAAAGGCAUGCUUCAUUUGUACAAGAGUCGAUUACAACACUAUGCCCAGAAGCAAAAUCUCACUUUACCUGUGUAUUCUUCUGAACUUGAUGGCCCUCCUCAUGCCCGUCGUUUUAGGUCAAAAGUGACCAUUGACGGGGUAACUUACGAAACUCAGGAGUUCUUCUCUACAUUGAAGGAAGCUGAACAUGCAGCUGCAAAGGUUGCUUUUGAGUCAUUAGCACUUAAUGACACUCAGGAGGAUGAAGGUUUGUACAAGACACUUCUGCAAGAACUGGCUCAAAAAGAGGCUUUACUUUUUCCAGUUUAUGAUACAGCCAGAACUGGCCCACCUCAUGCACCAGUAUUCCGCUCAAUGGUGGAAGUUGGAGAUCGGACUUUUCAAGGACAAGAAGCUAAAACCAAGAAACAAGCAGAGAUGAAUGCUGCAAAGGUUGCUUACAAUGCCCUUGUGAAAGGUGGUCAACAAGAUGAACCUCUUCAGGUCCUUCCAGUCAGUUCAAAAUGUGUUGUUGCUGAUGUUUCGCAACUAGUUGUUCAGCAGAAGACCAAAUUGAUAAUUGAAGAACUAAGUUUGCAAAAUGAAGAGGCAGACACAAAUGCAAAAAGACACAGAUGUUCAAAUGCACCCAACACAUAUUCCCUUAUUAGGGAUCAUCGUCCUGCUGCCCCAUUCGUUGCUUCAGAUUCAAGUGAUGCAGUUGCUGAGUCUGCUUUUUCUGAUACAUAUGCUGGAACCAGUAUUUUGCCAAGCGAGAAGAUUUUCAUUUUCCCCCGAAAAGCAAACAUGAACCUUCCAAGUGGUGCUUCUGUUUUGCCUUGCAGCGAUGAAAAAUGGGUUGCUGCUAGCUUAGAGUUGAAUCAAAAUCACUAACUGCAGAAACCCAACUUUGCAAUGUUGUUUGGUGAAUCUUAUCUUGAUGAUAAAGUUAAUUUCUGAUAAUUUUGGACGGUACUAUAAUGUGUAAAAGAAACAUGUAACCUAUCGAUACAAAAUAUUAAUCUAUGCUAUAUUUUUUGAGCAAGUACUAGGUUAUGUUA